GUUGUCAAAUGGCCUAUGCUUUAUUCCAUACCUUAGCUCUCCCCAAGAUCAUAAACACGUUUGUAGGCCUAAUGAUUGUUGUGACUGCUUGUGAUGGAUGUUUACUUUAGUAAGUCUUUGUCGUAAUUAUUUUCAGGACUGAAGAGAAAGAGCAAGAGGAGGAAGGGGGAAGUAUUUUGGUGCAGCUGGGUUUUCUUUUUUUUUUUUUUUUUGCUAAUGAAAAGCGAAAAGGCAGGAGGCAGGCCCGUCGCGUGUGUCGGCUCUGGCUGGUGUCCGACCCGAGGCUCCUCAUCUCGCCUGUUGGCGCAUGCAGGUGGCACCGGACCCGCGGGAGGAUUAUGACCCUGGAAGGAGAGCUCGAGCUCAUGGAGAGGGCAGAUAUCAGCGUGGCGGGAAAAGGGAACAAAUCUACACGGAACCAGGGGUAUGUAUCUUUGACCAAAGAAGACGGGGCAGAUCUGGAGCAGCAAAGCGCUGCGUCCUUGUCUCCAAAACAGCCAGCGAAGGAUACGGAGGAUGAGGGUGACUUUACGCCAAAGUGCACAGAGAGAAUCGCUGCCUCCGUGAAACCUCCGUACUCCUACAUCGCUCUUAUCACCAUGGCAAUCCUCCAGAGCCCGAAGAAAAGACUGACUCUCUCGGAGAUAUGUGACUUCAUCAGCCAGCGCUUCACGUAUUACCGGGAGAAGUUCCCCGCGUGGCAGAACUCCAUCCGUCACAACUUGUCCCUCAACGACUGCUUCGUCAAAAUGCCCCGAGAGCCCGGUAACCCCGGGAAGGGGAACUACUGGACGUUAGACCCUAUGUCGUCUCAUAUGUUCGAGAACGGGAGCUUCCUACGGCGGAGGAAACGAUUCAAACGGCAGAAUUACCGAUUUGGGAUGAUGGAUACCCGGUGCCCGCUCGAGCGCAGCGGCGUGCUCCCUGGAUUUUCCUUCUACGGGGCGAACGGGAUAGGACCGUGUCAUUUUCAGGUACCCGGUAUGGAAUUGUACCAUCACUUGGGCAUCGAACAUAAUUCUGUUUCUAACCAAAGCAUCCCACCAGUGAGCAGCAUCUUGCCCGCGCUCUCCUCACUUUUAUCAAGGAAUUCGAACGUUGUCCAAAAGACGUUUCUUCCACCUCCGUCUCUUAGCAUUGAGAAUUUCGAAACGACGCGCCGCUCAGCCUCCACAGUGACCCAAGCUUUGGUCCCCGGAUCUUCAUUUCUGUCCCCGGCCUCGCUCCAUUCAAUGGGCGCUCCGCAUCUCUGGAGCUUUCAUCCCGAGUACCACAAACGGCGCUCUCUCCCCAACUCCAGCCGCAUAGGAAAUGAACUCUUGCAGCAACUUGGUGACAAUUAGCUUAGUCAAUAGUGUUUUCUGUAUUGACGUGGAUUCAUCAGGGAAACACAUCUUUGAAAGAUGUUUAUCUAUUCAAUUAAACAAAUGUUUCAAAUGAAAAAAAUAAAUGUUUUGAAGAUGUCAAUUGAGUCAAAAUGUCUAACAAUAUUAGUGGCCAUGUAAAUGUUUGAGGCAUAUAUUUUGUGUAAAUAAGCACUUUAUAAUUAAAUGUUUUCAUUUGAUUUAUAACGACAUUUGGCAACUUAUCAUUACUUGCAAUUUUGAAAACAACACUGAAUUUAAAAAUAUCAAAUCAUAGCAAAAAACAUUUUGUAAUUGAACAUGUCAGAUUUAUUAUACAACUUGUCUUGAUUCACUGACGCUGAACCUCUCAGAAUUAGCCUAAUCUCCCAUAUGUGCCAGUCUUGCCAGUGGCAAAUGUAAUCUCUAUACUUUGAAAACGUUAUAUUUUGCCUUAUUUAUCUUUAAGGCGAAGUGUGUUUUCCUACACUGUGAAAUCAAUAACACACAAAAUAUUUGCAGCGCAAACAUUGUGGAGCCCUGAAACAUAAAAACGCGAGCUUUCAAUAACCUUUUGUUUUGAAAGGUGCCUGGUCUUAUUUUUGUUUUAAGUUGACAAUAUUUGGUUUGAUUGACUGGCGUUAUAAUUUUACAAAUUACCAUUUGACAAUGUUUCAUUCAGUAGCUUAAUUUACGCUACAUUUAGCCAUUCCUGCGUGGCAGAAGAUAUCAGCUUCAUCAGCUUGGGAACGCGAGUAGAACCCGUUUAAAUGUGACGGCAUCAUUUAGUUUAUUUUAUUUUACUCUUCGUGUCAACGUGUGAUUGAUUUCCACACCAAUUGUUAAAAACAAAAAAGCUGUUAUGUAUAUGCAAGAUCUCACAGUGCACACACACACACACACACACAUCUGCCCAUUCUCCAUCUCUCGCUCGAGUUUCUCUGUAUGCGUGUGUGUGUGUGUGUGUGUGUGUGUGUGUGUGUGAAUCUGUGCGUGUCCUGCACCCCUACAUGUGUUAGAAAGAAGGAAUUCCACAGUCAAAACGGAACGCCUUCGUAUUAUAAAGGCCUACAGUUCCAAAUGCUGCACGCUAAAUAAGUGAUGAAACAUCUGCUUGUUCUGUAGUAUUGUUACACGAUUUAUCACACGCACCUAGAGAGAUCCAGCCUACAUUAAACAUCACAUUGUAAUA